AUGUCUACAGAACUGGAGCUCGAAGGUCGCUACCGGCUUGAAGUGGUCGGCGGGAAUGAUACCAUCAACAGAGCCCUGAUCCAGCAGCUGCGCACUUUCCGCGGCAGCAUAGUGGCAGGUGUGGCUGCCGAUGCCGAAUCGGCAGCCUCAUCCCAGGCCUGCGAGAUUUUCCCCUCGUCGACAUCAGCAACGAGCCCCUUGACCCUCUUUGCCGACAAGCCGUCUGGAGAAACCAUCUACGCGCUGCGCGGGCCCUCCGGCAAGGGCGACCUGCAGCUCGUGCAGAUGCCCGCGCCCACCGGGCAAAGAGGCAGGAUGGUGGGAUCGAACGUCAUGACGGACGGUUGGAAGAUUGUCGAAUCAUGGGGCAGGUUGCUGCUGAGGUACAGCGAGGAGCCGGCGGGGCUUAGCCACUGGGUCGCUGUCCCCGGCGAGGAGGAGGGAGAGGAUGGAAAGACCACCAAGAGGUGGACGUUCUGGUGGGUGGCGCCGAACGCGGCCAACAUGAACGACUUGCCGGGCCAUGUACUGGUUGAUAUUCAGGUUGUUCCCGUGGAAUGA